CAUUAUUAUUAUUUAUUCUCAUUACAUUAACGUCCAUGCUUCGUUCUUUAUGUUACCUUUUAUUUUCUUGUAUAUAUAAAUAUAUAUAAAAAACGAAUAAUUAUGAAAUUAUUAACGCAUAAUAUGUUAACAUCAAGAGGAUUAAAAGGAGUAACUGUAGGUUAUCCUCUUGGUAUUGUUGCUAAAGAUAUUAAAGUUGCAGAUAUUGAUUUCAAUUCAGAAUUUAUUGCUAGAGUUAUUCCUAAAAUUGAUUGGAAUACGUUAUGGAAAGCUGCACACAGUAUAGGACACGUGGGAGAAUUACCUCAAACAUUAAUACAAGAUUUCGAAAAUAACGAAGAUUUUCUACGAAAAGUACAUCAUGUCUUACUAGAAGUUGAGGUUAUAAACGGUGACUUGGUUUGUCCGGAAUCUGGUCGGAAAUUUCCAAUCAACGAUGGGAUUCCCAACAUGUUGUUUAAUGAAGACGAAGUUUAAUUUUAAGCCCAUUAUUUAUCUAUAUCUUUUAUUAUGUUUUAUAUCAACGCAACAAAACUAUGAGACAACAAUCAGCUAGCAAAUUAAUAAAUUUUACCUCCAAUUCUACAAAUAAAUAAUUCAUUGUUAUGAAAGAUUGAAAUAUGAAUUAUUUAUUUGUCGAUUAAUUAUUUAUUCACUUAAAUAUUUACCGUGUAUUUGUUUUUUUACGAAAUUAUAAAUAAUAAAUAUAAAUGUAGAAGUAAAAAAGUGAUAAUAAUAAAAAAAUAAUUAGGAGGGAUACAGAUAAUUUUAUUGCACAGAUAUGUAUUAGGGGUUACAAUAUAUAAAUACAUUAAUUAAUUUUAAUAAUAAUUUUUUUUUUUAAU